AUGAAGCCCGUCUAUGAAAAAAGAGACGCAUACAUUGAUGAAAUUGCGGAGUUUUGGAAGAUCGUGUUUUCGCAACAUGUAAGUUUUGCAAAUUACAUAAGGGCUUCAGACUUUAAAUACGUAGAUGCUAUAGAUAAGAUCGAGGUACAGUGGUUGGCAUUGGCGUCCAAAACGCACGACACCAGAGAUUUUAGCAUAACUUUCCAUUUCCACGGCAUUGACGGCGAUUUCCAGAAGCAGACAGUCACCAAGGUGUUCCAAAUCAAGAAAAGCGAAGACGAUCAGGAGGACGGUAUACUAACUAGUGAGCCCGCGUCGGUGGAGUGGCCUCGGAGUUACGACUCGAUAAACCCGGACUUGAUUAAAGAUAAACGCAGUCCUGAAGGGAAAAAGAAGUACAGGCAGGGAAUGAAGACCAUCUUUGGCUGGUUCAGGUGGACCGGAUUGAAGCCUGGGAAGGAGUUCCCGCACGGCGACUCAUUAGCGUCGCUGUUCAGCGAAGAGAUCUACCCGUUUUGCGUGAAGUACUACACUGAAGCGCAGAGAGAUUUGGAGGACGAGGAGGGAGAGUCCGGGUUGAGCGCGGAUGACGACGGCGAAGAUGAUGAGGGCAGUCUUGGUGAGGUGGACCUGCCCCUGUCCGACGAAGAACCCGACUCCAAGAAGAGAAAGGUUUAG